ACGCACCCAACGCCACCGGUGAGUACAAGAAAGUUGUCCAUUGUUUUGUUUUUUUUUUUUUAAUUUUAUCAUCCAGAACAAGAGAACAAUACGAGUUCCGGCACGUCAGAUAUCAACUGCCAGCUGUAAAUUUUUCAAUCAAAUUGAUUGAAUCAUAUUUUAUGAGAAACACGUGAAGAGACGGUUAUAAUGUCGGGGAGAAAAAGACCACAGAGCAGAAUAAAAAAUGCUAUGAAAGAGGAAUUGUUGAAAUGGUUGUGCAUUCAACAUGCUACACAUGCACCAUUGAACAGGAAUAUCCUGAGACUCAAGGCCAAUGAAUUAGUUGGACGUUUUGACUUGACAUCCUUCAAAUGCGCGGAAUCCUGGCUAACGACAUUCCUAAAACGCUACCACUUCCCGGCAAACCUCGCCGAGGGUGUGGGUCCAAUAUUCGAUGAUUACCACACCUGGGUGGAGAUGAUUCACGGUCUCAUAAAUCAGUACAGCUACGAUGACCAGUACCACCUGGACGAGUUGACAAUGUACACAGACUUCAGUCCAUCCACCGUGUACCAACCAGAGAUCACACCAGACGCACCAGUGGACAUGUCAACGCUAAAACUAGAUGUAACAACCCCCUCGAUGUAUCAAACGACAAUUCUCCUCGUCUGCAACGCAACAGGAACUCAAAAACAAAAACCCCUCAUAUCAUCCCCUUAUCCAGUCCAGAAUAACGAGAGCUACGAUUACAUCCAGAACGACUCCUCCAGGAUCACCGAUGAAAUCCUCUCAGCAUACCUCUUCAUGGUGAAUCACCAGAUGGCUGAAAAGGGUCGUGUAAUUCUCCUCUUCAUGAGCCGUACGAGAAUAAAUAUUUUAAAAAUGGUACGUUUCACCCACAUUCUCCCUGUUUUUCUCCCGUACCACUUUCCAUCCCACCUGAAACCCCUCCGUCGUGACGUCUCCCACUGCAUCAAGAUGUCCUACCGAAAAUCCUAUAUUACGAGACUUUUAUCCACGGAGGAUGGCCUGUGGACACCCCAAGACAUCUCCCAGGCACUCGUCGACUCCUGGCUUCAAUUGCCCCGAGAGAUCAUCAUCGUGAGAUUUCAGAGAACUAAAUUCCGCACUGACGAGUCCUCUUUGAGCUUCGAAUGCCCAGAGUGGGAGAGUCUGGAGACUGGAGUCCCCUUCGAGAGAUUUGUCACCUUCGACGACGACCUGGGGGAUGGUCCUGGUCCCAUGAGGGAAGACCUCAGGUUUUUAUCCAGAGUUAAAAUGCAGUUUAAUCUGAAAAAUUCGAAAGCCACUACAGGAGCUGGUCCCCAGCCCCAGGCGGGCACUUCCAGAGAGGAACAUCUCCAGAGGACUGGUGAAAAUCAUCCUGGAGUGGGGAACAUCCAGGAUGGAAGAGCUAAUCCUGUGAAAACAUCUAUUCUGAUGAAUAUCAAGAGUGAGGAAAUUCAUUCUGGAGGAGCUGAAGACAAGACUCCUGCUGAAGUCCCUCUACCAAAUUCCUCACCAGAUACUCCCCUCAAUGAAACGAGUGAUACUGCCACACCAGUGACAAAACUAUUCCCUGAAGAUGGUGACUCCUCCCUGAUUGAAGCAAGUGAAUCGACAAAAUCAGAAGACACUGAGAGUCUCAUGUCGAGAGUUCACUCGAUGGUUGAUGACUUUGACUCGAGCCUCGAUAAUUCUCUGGUUCCGGAUGAUCCAGGAAGGAUGAGAGUGACAGCUGUCAAGGAUUUGGUCGAUUCUGGGGUGCCUGAUUCCUCAGUUGAACCCCUGGACUCCCCUGACGAUAAAAGGAAUGAAACAGUUGAGAUUUCCUCGUCGAUGGAAGUAGAAGUCGGUGAUAAUCCCCUGGAUACGAGCCCUGGUGAACCCUCUAGUCCUCAUGACACCCCAGAAUUAUCAACUAAUGCUUCAUUUCCUACUUCAUCAAUCAGAGGUGAUCAGAAUGAAGGGAAUGGAAAUAAUGAAGAGAAUUCUUCAGCCUCGAUCCUCACAGUUCUCGUUGAUGAUGUUCAGGGCACCUCUCCGGGUGCUGUGACCUCUGGAUUCAUAGAUAAUCCAUCCACAGGGUAUUCAGACCUCCAGGAGGUGCUUGAUACAUCGACUGAAGAGAAAAUAAUCACUGCUGCACGUUUUGUUGAUGAGAAAAUGAAUUAUUACGCUUCAACUGUUGAUCGUAAUGGAGAUAAUGUAGAGAAUUGUGAUGGGUUUGAGAGGGAGGAUUUAGUGGGUAAAAACGAGGGCUUGGUGAACACCUCGCGAGCUGAUAAAGUAGAUAUUCCAGGUAUAAACACACCAAGAAUUGCUGAAGAAUUGACUGAUUGCGAAAAGCCCCUCAUUGUAAACCUGAAGAACUCUCCUGAAGACAUUCCCGACCCCAUGGAGUAUUCAGCGGCCUUCGAAGAUAUCCCACCACUUCCUCAAGUCGUCGGUAAACCAGGAACUCUCUCCAAUAAUUCCACAAAGUUUUCCUCAGUCGUUAAUACUCAGGGAGAAAUUCCCCUUGAUGCUUCCGGAAUUUUUAAACCAAUUAUUAUUAAUCUGUCGACAUCAGAGGUAUAUCCUGGGGUCCAGAUGAGAGCUCUCACGACAACUCCAGUGAUUCAAGAUAAUUACGAUACCGAGAAGAUCUACUCCACCGAGACAGCCCUGCAAGAGGCAUCGAGAGAGCUAGAGGAGAAACUCAGGGAUUUGGAGGCCAGUGAUUCAUCGAGGAAGAUCUCCAAUUUUUUGGAUGACGAUGACAACUCAGGAUCAAGCAGAAGCAAUGAAGCAACUUCUCUACUACGAGAUAUUCUCAAUGAGGCGAAGGAACUGAGUGAGACAGAGUUCAAGGGAUUCUCUGAGAAGUAUCUCCUGGAAGAGGGGAGAUGUACGAAUUAUUGUAGAGGUAUCAAGAGGCCCCAGGAAGGGGAUGACGAGCUACCAGAUAAGAAGAAGUUAAUGAGCCAGGAGAACUGGGCCAAGUGCUUCGAAAAUUUUCCAGUAUUUGGUCCCUACAACUCCGAGAGUGAACCCAAGGAUUUCAGAACUGAUGUCAACCAGAGAGAGGAGUCAUGUGUCUUCACAUGCAGUGAGGAGACCCUCAACCCUGGGCCCUCGUCCUCAGAAUAAAACACGACCCCUUGAAUUUUUGCUCUUGCGAGAAGCAAAAAUUGUUUAUCAUUAUUAUUAUUUUCAUUCUGUUUUCGAGUUGAUUUGUUUUCUCGUGGAGAUGUUGAGCGUCUCCUCGAGAUUUUCAUCUAAUUUAUCUAGAAUUCAAUUCUAAUUAUAAAUUAGCUCUGAUGUAGGAAGAAUUCUCUCUUGUCUUUAUGAAGAUUAAAUCAUUUUUUGAGUUUAUUUUUAUUCUUUCAAUUCUUGAAGACAAGAAUUGAGAUUUCUUUGUAUUGAUUCGUUUGGCAAAUACAGAAUUUUGGUAAUGCCUGA